GUGAAGACAGACAUGGCCACGACGUCAGUCCCCUUCUCGGUUUCGGGCUCACGAUCUCUUCUAUCUGGAGGCUCGCACCUAGAAAAUCUGUAUUUUCUUCAAAGAGGAGAAGAUGGAUCACUACAAGGAAUUGGGUCUGGAACGAAACGCAAGCAAAAAAGAAAUAAAGGAAGCUUUUAGGAGAUUAGCUCUGGAAUUCCACCCUGACAAACACUCCCAAUCCUCCAAGGCCGUCAGGGACGCUGCUGCCAUCAAAUUCAAGCAACUCUCCGAGGCUUAUCAGUUCCUUAUCGAUGACAGCAAGCGAUCCUAUUACGAUCGCGUUCAAUCUCAGUCUACUGCCUCCACCUCCUCCACAUAUGGAUAUGGCUAUUACGACAAUAACUAUAAUCAUCGUCAAACUUAUAGACAUGCGACCUCUGAAGGAUUGCUCUACAAGUUGGGGAUUGCGCUUCGCUUAAUCACCCCGCGUGCCUUUCUUCUCAAUGCCAUCUUCGCCGGUGCCUUGUUUGGUGGGAUUUUUAUGGUCGAUGCGAGUGGGAAGGCCCUAUGGCAAAUGCGUAACUCUGGGAAAUCAUUUGAAGAAGCCAUGGAGUCCAUUGAGAAAGCUAAAGCUCAUAAAGAUAAGACUUGAGAAGGUGUAUUGUCGUGUUUCCAUUCUGUGAAUCAAAUGAAGCUUUAUGUGACUUGGGUCAGAGCACUCCUUGAUAUAGUGGCAUAUGGGGUCUAGAAUUAUUUCUACUAAUGAGCAUUUCUAGAAUUUCAGGUUAUGUACUCAACUUUCUGUCUCUUUGUCGCCUUCUUCUGCAUUAUUGUCUUUUGCUGUAUAAUAUCUUCUACAAUUUAUUUUAUUUGUAAAGAGUAACAUUGUAGUGUAAGGAAUUAUAUUGAUAAAUGAUAUGCCCCCUUUUGCUA